AUAGUCACUAUAUUGCCAAAAGUAUUGGGACACCCCUCCAAAUCAUUGGAUUCAGGUCAAUCACCUCUAUGGCCCAAGGUGUAUAAAAUCAAGCACCUAGGCAUGCAGACUGCUCCUACAAACAUUUGUGAAAGAAUGGGUCGCUCUCAGGACCUCAGUGAAUUUAGGAGUGGUACCAUGAUAGGGUGCUACCAGUGCAAUAAGUCCAUCCGUGAAAUUUCCUUUUUACUAAAUAUUCCAUGGUCAACUGUUAGUGGUAUUAUAACAAAGUGGAAGCAACUGGGAACAACAGCAACAGACCACCAACAGACCACGUAAAAUGACAACAGGGUCAGCACAUGCUGAAGUGCGCAGAAGUCGCAAACUGCAGAGUCAAUGGAUAAAGACCUCCAAACUUCAUGUGGCCUUCAGAUUAGCACAUCAGUGCGUAGAGAGCUUCAUGGAAUGGGUUUCUAUGGCCGAGCGGCUGCUGCAUCCAAG